ACAUAACAUGUGAACCGUGACCAUGAACGCUUGUCAAAGCACAGCCUCAUACAUACAAUCGAUAGAACAACUCGAUUUUUUGCGACGGCUAAACGAUUCUCAAACAUUGCUAUAGCUGUCAAUGUAUAGUUUGUGAAUAAUGUUUUCGAGAUCUAAGAUACUAAUAUAUGUGGUGCUGGGAAUUCUGUUAUCUGCGUUGACAAUUAUGCUCUUGGAAUCUGAUAAAUGCAACUGCACUACAAACCCACUUACAAAACGAGGCCGUCCACACAGCGGUACGUUUGGAGUAAAGACAAGAACACGUCGGAUGUUUGACCCAGCUUUACCAGUCAUAUAUACCAUAACACCAACAUAUGCCCGUAUUGAACAGAAAGCUGAACUUACAAGGUUGUCACAAACAUUUCUUCACCUGUCAAAUUUCCAUUGGAUACUUGUAGAGGAUUCAGUAAACAAGACUAGGCUAGUAACAAACUUGUUACGGUCAAGCGGACUGUCGUAUACGCAUUUAAAUGCUUUAACACCACCACAAAUGAAGCUGAAAGCUACAGAUGCCCGUUUUGCAAAACCAAGAGGGGUAUGGCAAAGAAAUGCCGGGUUGUCAUGGAUACGCGACAAUUUGAAUCCCGAGACCCAGUCUGGUGUUGUAUACUUUGCCGACGAUGACAAUACCUACGAUUUACGGAUAUUUGCUGAGAUGCGGAUGGCCCAGAAGGUUGCAGUUUGGCCUGUGGGAUUUACAGGACACUUGAAAUAUGGAGGACCAGUCGUUACUAAUGGAAAGGUGACUGGCUGGUUGACGGGACUUACCUUUCCUCGCCCUUUCGCUAUUGACAUGGCCGGGUUCGCCAUCAACCUUAGGCUCUUCUUUCAAUACCCAGAGGCAAAGUUCACCUAUAAGGUUUCCCCAGGAUUGCAGGAAUCUACCAUCUUGGAGCGACUUAAUAUUAUAUUAAGCGACUUUGAACCUGUGGCAGAUAAUGGUACAAAGGUACUUGUGUGGCAUACUAGAACAAUGCCUCCAAUAUUAGACGCUGAAGCAACGAAUAUAGAAGAACUUCUCCAAGGGCCCUACUUUACUGUUGAGGUUUAAACCCUUGUUUGUAUCUGUUCUUGUAUAACACGAAAGGAAUAUAUUCAG